UAGUUUCUUUAAAAGCAAUGAGAGCCGGACAUCCAAAGAUCUUCCAUACAUAGGCUUCCUAUUUGGCGUCAUGACACGUGCGGAGCACUUCAAAGCUUUUUCAUUCUAUUGGAGCUGACGGAAACAUCCCUACGCAAGUUGAUGAAAGUCACCUGACUAGUUGCGCUACAAAGAUUUUGGAGGUCGAUAUUACUGACGCGGAAUUCGUUUAUAGUGGGAACGUUUGACUCCGGUAAAACGUAAGGCAGUGAAAAUAUUGAGCCCCAUUUUCUAGCCUUAAUUGUAAAUUGGGGGAAAGAGGCUGAAAGAAGAAAGCUUUGUUUUGUAGUUGUUUUCUUUUGUUUACAAGAUAAUUAUUGCCAAAAAGCUACAAAUAACAAUAUCAAAAGUAAUAUCGCUCUCUGACAACUGGGUUGUAAAGAGAGUUAUUAUUUUGUUAAUAAUAAUAAUAAAAAAUAAUAAUAAUAAUAACAAUAAAAGUUAUAACAGUGAUAAUCAUAACUAUACCAAAAUUGUCAAAUCUGAUUGGCUAUCAACUGCCCUGAUUUCAACCUUAAUUGGACAGUUUAAUAGGACAGUACGCGUCAUGCUUAAGUAAUUGGACAGAACGCGCCAUCACGCGUGCGCUUAAAUGGCUUUUUUUUUCACUGCUAGCAAAACAAAAGUUUGAAUUUCUGGUGUUUUGAUUUAAAAAAAUAGCCUAUUACUAUAUUACAAAUUUUGUUAAAGUUAUGAUUAAUUGGUAACAGAACUUCGUGUCGUCCAAUUUGGUCUGUAAUCAUACUCGUGAUUAAACAAAUCGGACUCCUGCUAUGCGGUCAUCCGAUUUUGUUAAUCACUCGUAUGAUUACAGACCCAAUUGGACUCCACUCAGUCCUGUUACCAUUACUAACAAUAACAAUAAUAAACUUAAUGAUAAUAAUUGUUAUCAUAACAUGCAUAUAGUGGCACCUCAAUAUAACGAAGGGGCAAAGGACUGGCAAAAUUUGUUAGCUAUACCGAGGUUUCGUUAUAUCCAGGUUCUCUUCAUUAAUUAUUUAACUAUUAGUGGGUUAAAGAAAAUCAUUUGUUAUUCUGAGAACUUUGUUAUAUAGAGGUUGGUUAUAUCGAGGUUCCACUGUAUUACUUUUGUUGUCUCCUUGGGGUUAGAAAUGGUUAAGAAUGUCAAAGGAUUCUAAGGAUACUAACAUACCAAUGCUGGAGAAAUGGGCUAGAGUUUUUGACAAAAGGUUAGAAUUAAAUAAUAUUAUUGUUAACAUUAGCAUUAGGUUAGAGUUACUACUGGUGUGACCCACAUUAAGCCCCCUAAGCCACUGCCUCUGAAAAUUCAGAUAAUUUAGCUACACCCCUCACUUGAGUUACAGUUUUAUAUCAAAUGUCUUAUUUAUUAAUUAUUUCAAAUUUUACAAGCAAAGAAUAUCUACUGCCUACGGUUAGCAAUUAGCUAGUUGAGGUGAGCAGUUGUUCUGACAUUUAUGAGUGUCUUUAUCAGAGACAAUAAUAUUUUUAUUUUCUAUACUGAGACAAAUAUGAUGAAAAAAAAAUGGAUAAAAAAUGCUUUUUUUGUGAUUGUCUGGAUUUUGACAAUGCCACUUGAUAUCUGCAUUGGUAGCAGCAAGGUUUAAAUAAUGCUUUUCGCAACAUGGACAAGUUUUCCAAUAAAUCUGUAAUAGUGAGAAACCAUUUUAUUGGAACAUAUUUUUGGUUAAAUCUCUUUGAGUUUUGCCUGGUAUUGAUGUUUCCCAUAUCAUCAGGGAGCCAAAUUAUCAAGUGACAUGUUAGGAAGGUCACUGGGGUUGCCUGAGUGGGGUUAAUGGAGCUACACUGUAAUGCCCUUAUGAUCAUUAGCAGUUUCAUUUUUCUUGCCUAGCAAAAUAGAGUAAACAUUUUUGUCAUUUCCUAUUUCUAAAUUAAAUUAAUGUUGGUGUAAUCUGUCUCUUCGCUUGCAGCCUUGCGACACCUGUGCCAUCAACUGUAAGUAACUGAAAAUUUUAAUGUGAUAAACUUUUAAUAAUGUUAUUUUGUGUUGAUUAAUUUCUCAUGAUCUCUUAAAAGUUACAAACAUGGCAGCUUUAAGGUAUUAAAUAAGCUAUGAAAACCUUCAAAAAUUGAACUUUCCUGUAUUUUGGCAAAUCUAGUAAAUCUAAACCUAAAAGUAUCCUGUGAAUUAUGUCUGAUAGUUGAUUCUUUCACCUUUCUCUGGAGUAACUCACCACUGAGUUAAUUAAAGCCAACCAGAUACACAUUUCUCAGAUUUCUUCUGUGUUUUGUAAUAUCAUCUACAGAAAUAGUUAUCUGUGUUUUCUCAUAGCUGUAAGUGUAUUCGCAAUAACUAUUAAAACUUGCUUACAUUUCAGCUGGCCUUAAAGAGAUCCAGCACAUUAGAACUAGAAGAUGUACAAGAAGAUGUCAGUGACGACAUUGAUAUGGGUGAGCUACAAGUCUCUGAGGUUCACUUUGCUUUAAUAAUUAGUUUUUUUGAUGAUGAUGAUGAUGAUGAUGAUGAUGAUGAUGAUGAUGAUGAUGAUGAUGAUAACAAUAAUAAUAAUAAUAAUAAUAAUAAUAAUAGUGAAUAUAAUGAGAAAAAUAAUAGCAAACAGUAAGAGUGUUUUGGUAAGCUCAAAACACAGGGUGUAGCUGAUUGUUUCUGGGCUUGAUACAUCAUGAACCUGUGGUGAAAAAAAGUCAAAACCUUUCCUGUAGCUCUGUUUAUUUGAUAAUUCUUGGGUAUUCAUUGUCUUCCAUGAGGAAAUUGAGGCUAAACAGGAAAGCUCAUUAUCAGCUGUAUAUACCGAGAAUAUAACUGCAAACCCAGCUCUUAUGUUCCCAGCUUGUUUUUACUAGAGAUUGGUCAUGUGCUUCCACCUCCAAAGCCUGCUUUUAAUUUCAAGACUGCUUCACGUGGUUGCUCACGCCAUGACAGAGAACAGAGGAAAAUUCUGGAAGAUAAACCGGUCAAACCAGUCAGAUCUAUCCAUCCUAAACUAGUAAAACCUGUAAGGCAAACGAGGGGAAAAUAUGAAACAUUGGAGAAUAAAACCAUUCAAUCACAGAAUGAAGCCGAACAGUCUAUAUCAGAAAAGUUGGUAAGUAAAAGUGUAGUCCUGGCACAAAUUAUUAUCUAGUUGCAAGAAGACUAAUUUUUGAAGGCGGGAGAAGGAAGGGGUUGUUUCUCCACUGAAAGUCCGGCCCAAGAAAGCAAUAAUUUUGUUUAAUGUUUUCACUGAAGCUUCGUUUUCUGGUUUGGAAGCUGCAAUUAAAUUCUAAGUUGACGACUAUUAUGUAAGCCUACCCUGGGUAACAGAGACUUUUCAUGCGCGAAAGCAUCCCGCCACACGCGAGAAAUAAACCUCUGGAACCCAGGGUAUUACCAACCAGUUUAGACUAAAUAUAAAUACAAUGUCUGAUCAUCAUCUCACUGGCAGUAAUUUAAGGCCAAAAUAAAUUAACUACUAGAAGACCUUGCGCAUGUAAGAAAACGGCUAGUUAUGGCUACCCACCUGCUAUCUUCAUAUGCGGCGGUGUUAGAGAGUUGAUGGUCAUCGCAUUUUGUGGAUUGUGACAAAUACACGUACUUUCUCUUUAUAGUCACGAAACUUUCAGCCCAGAAACAGUUCAGUGUUCCCAUCUUGUUCUCAGUUAAAGUUGUACUCUGUCUAAUCGCAUAUCUAAGUUGCCUUUAGAAAAAUUCAGUCUCGCCAAAUUCCUUUGACUAAAUUCCGCGAUAUCAGUGAAGUAAUGGCAACUCUUAGAGUUAAACUCGGGAAAUUGUGGUCGAAUACCCUGGGAUUCCCGAAUGAUGUCUCCUUUUCAUCGCAGGUUGCUGCAAAAUCUACAAGUUAUCAACAAGAAGUUGUCAAGGAAGUGACACAAGAGCAAUCAACAAGUAAUUAACACAGAUUCUUAGAGUCAAAUAGCAGUAAUUGCCCACUUUCACAUUUGUUACACGCUUUAGAAUAAUCAUGUAUUUCCAUACUUAACGAGGAGUGAUUUUGGCUGAAGUAUUUUCUAUUUUGAGUUCAUGUUUGGAGAGAAAUUGAACCCAUUUAUUUAUUAUGAACACGCUUUUGUGGUACGGAUCAGGUAAGCAGUUUUUUUAUUUUGUCCUUAAGUAAUCUUUUGCCAACUAUCAGAGAGAUAAUUCCAGCUUUUUCCAUUAACCCUAGUGCCGGAAUACCCAGUUCCCUUGGUUACUGCUUUCACAAUCAGUCAAUUACUGACUUUCGCGAAACACUUGCUUCCCUUAAAAGAAAACAGGUUUUCACUUAAACAGCAGCUCCUGCUCCUGCGUGAAGCAAGCUUCUUGGUUUCUCUCUUCAAGUGUUCAAAACAGCGGGAGUCAUUCUUUAUUUCGUAACAAUAGGCCUUGCUGAAAAGUUCGACAACUUUUAUUUAAAUGUUCAUUCAAUUUCAAAUGAAUUUUCGUGUUUCAGUAUUAGAGCCAACUAUAGUACAGCUUUAUAACAACUCCAGUACAUGAAAUACCUCUAGCUAAUACAGCUACACAGGUUACUUGUGUUUCGGACAGUCGAAUUGUGACACUCUGGUUAGUUUAUUCACAAUUUAGAACCAUCUUGCAAAUCUUAGAAAAUAGUACCACGGAACUAUUCUUCAAUAGUGUUCAUUCGAAUGUAAAUACCUUCGCUUUCGAAAGAGCUACCGUAUCUUAGAGUCACAGAAAAGGAUCGAGCAAAAAUGGUAAACAACCAAGAAAUAUACAAAAAAGUUUUAAAGUCGAUCCUCUCCUCUUUCUGUAAUCUUCCCUUGAUAUUUAGAUGCACUUUGUACAGGGUAGUAAACAGUUCUUAUAGAUACUGAUAUUUGCCAGUGAUUUGACUGACAGCCUAAUUCACCUGUAUUUCAGCACCAGGCUGCAAAACUGAGGCCCCAAUAAACAACACUAUAUACCUAUUACAUAUAAAAAAAAAGACGCGAGUGGAACUACUGGUUACACUCAAACUGAGCUAGAACCGCGCAUGUUAAGUUACCCAUUAGUUUUUAUUUGAAUUGUUUAAUCACGAUUUAAUGAACUUCACUACAAGAAUGCUGGAUUUCAGGGUUAUGUACAGACGAUACUAACAACAACAGGCAGGAAAAAUAAAACAAGAUAGUCAAAUCUAGGUCUACAAUUAUUGUCAAAUUGUCGUUUAUUAUCUGGGAGUGGAAAUCUUGCACAGAGCAGAUUAGAUGUCUUGUUACUUAGAAAGUGCCUCAAACCGACGCCUCCUUAUUUUAAAUAAUUAUUGGAGUAAUCGACUCGUUUUUAGCCUUUAAAUUUACGUUGACUACUUUCCUUUCAGACAUUGGUCCGCUUUUAACUCAUGUGUCUCCAAAUCGUUCAAAAAGGCAAAAUUCCUCACGAUGCAGACAACGUUUAGAAAGAGAGCGUACAACAGAAUCGGCAUCAGAACCAAUUAAACCCGUUGUUUCUGGUGGAGAACCAAUCACACUGGAUUUCGCUAGGGUAAAGUAAAAUCCUCUUUUUUCUAAGAAUGCUGACAGCCCUUUUCGCUUCCUUACACUCCUCACUUAAAGUGUCAUGCAUUCGAAAGCUACUUCAGUUUUGUUUUGUAGAUAUAUUAAAUGAACAGUAAACGACGAGUGAAGGAAAAAAUCUUGGUCAAGUGGCGCAGUUUGCCGCAAACGUGAUUCUAAAUCUAUUUCUUCGUUAAUUUCCUUGUUUCAGUUUUUUCUGUUAACUGUCGCUUUUUAUUUUUAUUUUUCAGGCUCUUCGUGUCCUGUUGUUCGGUACACCGUACACAUCUUUCAGUUCAGACUGGAGAAAACAGCACAUCAACUUCUUCACUAAUAUGUCUUAUGCUUUAAGUUUUUACAAGGUAAAUUUGAUAUGGAAAGCUCUCGAGCUGUUUUUACCCGUGUUCGAGUUUACGUGCGGGUUAAAUAGACUGAGAUAGCAAUUAAAUGUUCUCAGUUUUCCCAGCUCUUUUAAGCCUGGAUACCUCAGAUCAUGCUCAACAUUGUUUAUGUACCGGUAAUCGCAAACUUCAUAAGAAAAGCCGUUCAGUGUUCAGGAAGCCAGACUAGCGGUCAUAGGAGGUUGGACACGGUCCGAAAUGCAUUCUUGUAGGACUAGCCAACCAAUCAUAUCGCCGUAUUUUUUCGUUGCUCAUUUCAGAAGGAAUAAACAGACGCACGAAAUCACGGGUUUAUUUGCUUUUAUUUCAAGAUGUGCAAUAUUUUCUGGCUAUUGCGCAAGAGUGUCCCCUUUGGAAAAUCAUUUGUAUCUGAUUUUACUAACUUUAUGUUGUUUUUACUGUACCUACCUCAGGUGGGUCCUGAUGGGGUAAUGGCCUGUUUACAGGGAUACCUCUUAAGAUACUUACUAUACGAACAACCCACCCUGGAUCAUGUAAAGAGGUAUGCACAUAGUCUGCGAGCAGCUCUCCAUUUCUGGCGAGCGAGGCGAGCCGCGAGAGGGCGCGCGAGCGAGCGGCAAUGCCGCCUCUUGCUCUCGCGUCUCCUUGCGCGUGACACUCACGCGUGACUCCUCGCGACUCCCCCAAAAUGGAGAGCGUGUUCAUAGUCAAGUAAACACAAGGCACGUCUUUUUCGUUAGAAGGUGAAAUCAAACCGUCAAAAAAGGUUAGCAUGUUACUAGGGGCUGCGUUUAUUUUGGGCCAUUCUUAGAUGGGCCAUUUUUAGAUAUCAUGGCUCCGUCACUUACGCUUACGAGGACAGUUGGUGUUUCGAAACCACAUGUUCGCCAACAGCAUUAGAAGGUUAUGUAGCUUAUUCGUUGGAACAUAUAAACACUUUGUAAUGUUAUCUUUCUCACCUGCAUCUGAUGUAGCCAGUAUAUCUCGAUAGACUCCUCACUUGAGAGAUUCUGGUUCAUCCUUGCAGCAUGUUGGCACCCAUGUCAUCCGACCGACAGAAGGCUCUGAUCACAGCUAUCGCGAAAAUGGUUUGGCAGGCUGGAGGACAAGAACAAGCUACAGUAGUCCUGUGAGUGCACGUAAAACCAAACCGUUUGUUUUUUUUCUGAAUGGAAGUGUGAUCUGAUCAGAUAGAAAGCUCUUUUUUGUUACAUACAUCACACAGGACAGUAAAUUUACAGAGCCAACAUUUCCUACGCGCGUAUCGCUCUUUGCUCAUCUCUAGGUUCUUGCGCUUGGCUCAGGCUUCGCGCUUGGCUUAAUGAAGCCUUCCAGAACGCGGUUCUUACUGCGAGGAUAAACUAAACUACGAAACUGGUGUGUAGCCUGCCUGCCAGAGGCUCUCCCGGGUGUAGGCAGGGAGAUAGAAAGGGUAAGGUCAGGGUUAGGGUCUCUGUCAAUUUCUCUCCCCUAUGGGGCCCCUCAGCCACGCGCCGAGACAGCUUGCGCGCCGUAAGUGAAUAGCUGCGAAAACAUGGUUACUUUUUAUGUAGCUUGGUUAGGAAUCAAAUUUUUGUCCAGGAAACAAACUAUAAUUUGGACUUAACCUAACAACACAGUCUUGCAUUCAAAGUGCAAAUAUUCCCACGUGCAUCAGAUUCAUGUAGCCGGCACCACUCGCAAGAAGACGUUUGCAUACAAAUUUUGGCUCACCCACACGAGAAACCAAAUUACCAUUGAUGCUUUUUUGAAAACAUUGCUGUAAUAUGGUUAUCUUGGUUUGUAGACCUUGCGGUGAAUGUAACUGGAUAACAAUGGAUGAUUACAGAGAGGAUCACCUUACUGAAAGGGUAAGUUAUCAAACCUUCGUAAUAGGCGCUACGGAAAGGGAAGCAGCAGUCUUGUACCAGCGUGAUGCGUGAACAACGAUUUAAGGGCGGCGUUCACUGCGCAGACGAUUUGUUAAUCACGGAAGGGUCUUAGAAACUCUAAACAGUGUCCGCCUUUCUUUUUAAACCCUUUCACUCCUAAUACUAGCCAAGUUGAAGAGUUCUCAAAAUAUUCUAAACGUCUGAAAAAUCCCAAGAAAUAAAAAGCACCAUGCAAAAGUUCUAUCAAAGAGGUUUCAUUUGAACGGUAAUAACAUAGGAUUUUUGUUCCUAAGACUUGAAAUUUAGAGUGACGUAUCAUCUUACCAUAACUAGUGAUAGGGGUAAGAGAAUUUAGAGCACAGAUAAACCAUUGAAAUUCGUUUGGGACCUAACAUGCAACACAUGCAUCAUCCGGGCCCAGCAGUCAAUACCGAUGGGCAACAUUUACCACAAAAAUGUUACAAGAGAAACAUCUGUCUAGUGUGACUUUCCCCCAUCCUUUGGCGGCACUAAUUUUACGCUUUCCUCUCAGCUGUGAUUUGCGCGUUGUGUUUUUUUUGAAAUGGCAAGCAUGAUACUAUUUGAUCGCAGUCUGUGAUAAUCUCUGUAGAAAGCAGGUCAAAUUAUUUAAACAUUCAUUAUCGUGUGUUCCCUUAUAGCUUCACCUGUUUCGAUUCACUGACUCAGCUGACCUGGAAAAAUUCAUAAAGAAGCAAUUAACUUUUGUAAGUAUAUAAGAACUAGAUAAAAUAUGAGCGUUAUAUCUGUAUGGUCGUUUAUAAUGGGGAGCUGAAGUCGAGCUAUCGUAAACGCCGACUGUAACUGAUUUGAACAAAUAAUUCUGUUUCCAAUGUUUCCCUGGCAAUUCUCUCUUUUAGUUUGAAAGCACAAACGGGAAUGGCUGCAUUCUGCUGUUAUAUUCAGUAAUUUUAUCAAGAACCGUCGAACGGUAAGCUCAUAGUUUACAAUCCGUUUCUCUUGCCCAUACGCAAUUUUAGCACAGGACAACCAACAAGGAUGGACGGCUUACACACCAAUUGAGGCGCCACGCAGCUCUUUACAGGGCCUCACGGUAUUGGCUGUGAAAACAAUUGACAUAGAAAGUCUAUCCCUAGAACAAUGGAGUUGCGUGUUAUGGAGAACCAAUGAAAUUAGAGGUUUUUAAGAGCUGCUUACUAACAGGACCAAUUAUCUUCAUAACGGUUCCCUGUGCUAUAAUUGUGCUUCCAUUAUUUACACCCGGAGUCCGUUUCUCGGUAGUGUUUGUUCGGGCCCAGUAGGCUAAAUUCAAAAUAUCGGUUUUUUAAAGCCAAGCAAGAAAAUUCUAGCUAUGUUAAACAAACAGGUCCGUUUCGAGGUUUAACAAUAUAAUUAAACUGCGAGUGAGCAGACGUCUUUGGGAACUUUCAUUGGAGAUGUGUCCACCUUAUGGAGGUUAAAAAAUGCAGUGCUUAUAUUUGUGGCUGGGACCAUGACUAAGUGCUUUCUUUGCUUCCGCGUUUUUGGCUACGCACGUCAACGCGCGCAAAUUUUAAUCACAUAAAUAAAAUAGAGGCAAGAUAAAAAGUGCGAGAAGUUGAGCGAGGUGCAACUUUUACGUUUAUGAGCGACCUUUCAUUCAUCGCCUGUAUUUUAUUUGCAAACGUAAAUUUUACGCACGUAAAAAAUACGCGACACUGGAAAUCAGCCCUCAUGGGGCCGCACAUGCGCACUAUUGGCGUCAUUCUCGUCCCCAAAGCUGCGAUCCUUGUGGUCAGCGCAACGGAUCGGUAGCCGUGGCCCGACCAAAAGAUCUGGGGACGAGAAUGGUAUUACAUGAAACUGGGUUUGUGUUGUGUCGUAAAAAUGACGUAAGAUUGGAACGAAAUUAAAUUAACAACAAUAUUUCAACAACUGUAACCAGCCUAGGCGGGCGGUAUGUGAAAAGACCUGCUCACACACGCAAAUUAUUUCUGUAGAGUGAGAGAGGAUCUUGGUGACCCAAACGCAACUCUCAUAGGACUUCAUGACACAUGUACACAGGUACGUAUGUUUAGCCUUUUUUUUGGUGAAAAAUCUCUUUACAGGCCAUUUGGGCUCUAACUACGUACAGGAUUUGAACUUCCCUAUAAAAUGAAGAGCCGUGCACUCACAGAACAUCUCGUGUUCAUUUAUAAGUUCCUUCCGACAUGCAACGCUGGCAAUUGUAUUCGAUCGCAUAUAAAUCAGUGGAGUUUUUUACCACUGGAACUGUUUGGUAGAGAAAAGGGUGCUUAUUUCCCUUGAAGUCGAUGGGCGUGGUGACUGAACUAAGGUAAUCGUAAAUUAUGCCUUGUUUUACACAGGCGAUGAUAAACCUGCUGCUCACAGGCAGAGCUGUACCAAACGUAUUCAAUGGUGAUAUUGAGUACCACAAAAAUGGUCGAAAGUUGGUAGGUUACUUUUUCAUUUACUUUGUUAUUGGCCAGUUAGAAGUCGCGUUUGAGACUGGGUCGGUGUUGUGUCGAAUUGCACCAUGGGACUGUUUUGUGGUACGAAUUUAAAUCCAGUUUCCCGUGCAACCUUGUUAUAGCCAAUGAAAGGAGCGAUAGCAUUCCCCAACCUCGGCCCCACCUCCAAAGCCAGGGAAAAGCGCCCUGGGAACGAGGUUGAGCAUUUCCAGAACAGUCGAAUAGUGCAGUCUGAUUCAAACCGAACCAGUGUCGAUGCUCAUCUUUAAAAUAGAGACCUUUAGAUUUGAGGACGAGAUUUGACUAAAGCUAUUUUCGCCUAUUGUGAAAAAAUAGACCCCCUUUCCCCCGAAGCUUUCAUUUUACCUUUUUAACCAGAAAAGUUAGCACGGUUAACCGGUAAUAGAAUGACAGCGACUAGUAUGUUUUCCCGCCAAAAUGAUGCUGGUUCACGCGCGCGCACUACUUAGUACUUACAUAAUUUUGUCCUCGUAUUCGUGCCUAUCUUAAAUCCUAAGGUCUCUAUAAGUGAGAAAUUGUUGCAGCGUUUUUGAAUAAUAUCGCACGCAAAUACAAUCGGUGGACAAGUGGUGUUUUCCAAACACUCAAAACUCAACGUAAAAAGUAAAUUAAAUUAAAUCUAAAGGUCUCUAUUUUAAAAAGUGAAUUUUUUUCCCUUCAGCAAAAUGCUACCUCACCAAAGGUAUUAAACUUUUGAAUGAUGAAAAUGAUAACCAACUUUGAAGUUCUUUUUUCUUCAUUAGUCUCAUCCAUUAACUGGCAUCAAAGGUCGAAAUGAAAUUGGUUUCUUGUCCACUGAAGAACAUCACGAUCCUAGAUCGUUCCAGGUAAUGAAAGCCAGGUACUUGAAACUCUUAGAGUUAAAAAGCAGUCACUACGGGGCCGGUAGCAAGAACGGCAAAAAGAAAAAGACAAGGAUGAAUCAGUAAAACACCCCCCCGCCUCGCGCGUUUGACAUCUUGAUACCUGUACCGGCAUUUCUUAACCGUUCCCUGCAAAAUUGAACAAACUAACAUCAUCAGUUAAAACGGGGGACACUUGAUAGUUCCAAGAACUGAUUAAUCUGUGACCCUCUAAGGAAACAACUGACAUAACAAAUCAACUGUUAAAAAAAUAAUGAAUAAAAGAAAAACGAAAUACUGGAAGUCGAAAUCGGCCUGUUUUGAGUUCAUGUGACGUCAUUGGCUCCCAUUUUGUCAGGAAACACUCUCUUGGGAAACAACGUUCUUUUAUAUGGAAUAAUAGCAAAAACUAAAUGAGGUCAUCAAAUUUACACUGUUGACGGGCGGAAAAUGUUCACUAGUUAUUAAUCAUUGUACUUCAGUAACAGCUGCGUUUUUGUAUUGACCGCCGACUAGGUUGGUAGCAUGCUCAAGACUCCCAAGUUUCCAGUAUGGGUUGUAAAAACUGGUGAAAGAUAUGGAGUAAUGUUCUCUCUUAACAAGGACCUCGUCAACGAUUGGUCAGUAAUGUUAAAAUAUUAUAUCCUUAUCUUUGUCUUUCUCGGGUUCCACUUCAGCCACUAUGAUUGACUAUUUUUAUGUUUUUUUUUUGUAGGAGGCUAGAGAGAAGAUUUGACUUAUUUCACUGCACUGGUUCUUCCAAGCGAAACAGUACCGCAGAUGAAUCAUGUGUAUUCGUUGUCGGUAAGACAACUUUUCUUGUUCUUGAAUCUACAGCUGAUCCGCUGCCUCGUUCGAGAAAUAGACAGCGUAAAAUACGAGCGGCCGGGAUCUAAAGGUAUUUAUGAUUCCCAGGCAAACGUUUAACUAGUUGAGGGAGUUGAAAUAAUCAUCGCACUGAAGUCGAAAAGGAUGCAAAUUUACUUUUUAAGUAACGUUUAGUGGCUUAUUUUCCUAUCAGAUACAAGAGACUUGUUCAAUCCUGAUGAAGAGUUCGGUGAAGAACCAAGUGAUGCAGAAUAUUGUAUAAGAACAAAGUGAGUUAGCCAGCCCUCUGCUGUUACCGAAAAAGUAUUUGUAGAGUUGUAAACGGAAUACCUUAUUAUACGAAAUUAACUCUUCAUAAAAUAAAAGCGAAUUUUAAAAUUUUAGCGUCGAAUUACCGCGCCGUUAAUUAAGUGGAGAGUUAAUUUCCGCGACCUUAAUUCCAUUAUUUUGGCGCCAAAUUCUCGAUAUUCUUCUCGCCCUGGUUGUGUAAUAGUUGGAUAGCGCUAUCAACAGGAUAAAUAGCUAUUCAGUGGAUAUAAGUAAUACUUUAAGUCGUGUUAAUCUCCAAUAUAUUAAUGUCGUGGAGAGUUUACAAUUUCCUAUAAUAAGGUAGAUAUUCCUAUAAUAAGGUAGAUUCGAAUACUUUCAAGGGACAGGGGAUAUAUCAUAUUUAGGAAGAACGGCCAGAGGAAUUAAAUUUGCUCAUCUCUCUCCCCCUGUCUUGUUUGCGCUAAGCACUGUUAAAAUCUACGCUAGGUGAGUAAACCAUAAAUAAAUCUUCUUAUAUCCCAGUGCUCGCAACCUUAUCUAUCAAAAAGCCGGAAUGGUUAUGAACUCUGACGCGGUGCAAUUUACUGACAAUAAUUUCGUUGUGAUGAAAUAUAGUAACGUGUAUUUGUUUUGGUGUCAUUCCUUCUACUUAGGUGGCCAGGAGCGUUGAUUGAGUUAAAAGAAGAGAAGAGCUGACAAAGGAAAAUAACGAACAAGAACAAGGAAUCUGGAUUCAGGGACGUUAAUGACUCUGCGAUUCUCAAAAAUUAUAACCCGCUCUUUCCCAGGGUUUCUCCGUUUGGCAGAGAGGGCCUGGAAAUGGCGCGAAGAACAACGUUCAGCGGUUUCUCUUCUUGCAAAGAAAACCUG